CGAAUGAUUUGAAAGUCAAAGUGGUAACUCUCGACCAUGCUCUCAAUUUCAACGAACAAGCGGCUCUGAAUACGACGCUAUAAAUUCAUGGCUUACCCAUGAAGCCGAACGAAGACCUCAUGGCCUCCUUGGAAUCUGUCGCCAGCGCUCUAGACGUGAAUAUUCGUAAGGAUAACAUUGUAAAACGGUCUAGGAUCAUGAAAGCACCUGCAAUGACUCACUCCUCCAUCCCCUCGAUCAUUGUAGCCAAAUUCGGAAGACAAGACCUACGGGAUGAACUUAUUGCAAGACAAAUGAUCUUACAAUCAUUUGAAGGCUCUAUAAUACACUGUGACCAGAGCGUUUUGAAGGAUACACUGUUCUGCUGCAGUCAAACAACUCUAGAUAUGACACCGGAAGAAAUCAUGGCGAGUCAUAAAUAUGAUGACUACUUGUGCAUAGGGUCCCAAAACUUUACUUUUAGUGAUCCUACUCUUUUAUAAUUUGAAAAUAAUUAUACCGUGCU